CUAAUAUUCUUUAUUUCAUUUAUUUAUUGGAAUAUCCAUCCAAAUUCCAGGGAGAGAGGAUUCUUACCGAUAGACACAAAACACAGAGACCCAUAACACGAGCCACCUCUCUUGCCAUUCAAUCCGCCAUUACAGUAUCUCCUUGCUCUAAAAAUCCCUCUUGUCUUUUUAUAUUACUUUUAUUUGCCCUACCUUUGUCUUUAAGAGUAAGUGAACCGCCAUUUUAAGCCAAACCCAUCUCUCUCUUCCUCUCUACUUGUCUCUAUCUCUCUUCGGAGUUUCAACGCUCUGUUUGGGGCAUUAUUCUAUAAUUUUCAAGAGGGGUUUCGUACACUCUUUCUCUUAACAGCACAAAAUUCACUCUAUUAAACUCUACCUUGUUGGCUAUGGCUUCCUUCAUUCCAAUUUCUCAAUCCCAGACCCUUUUCAACAAUACCCGUCUCAGAAAACUCCCUCCCCUGUUUCUUCCCAGUCCCAAUUUGGGGUCCGACUUCUUAGCCAAGUCUGGUUUUGUACGGUUUCAAAAUCCUCGUGGGAUUACAGGAUUGCCCAUGAAGACCGCCAACGUCGUCGUUUCGGCUACUACGGCUGAGAAGCCAAAGAAGCGGUACCCAGGUGAGGCAAAAGGGUUUGUGGAGGAGAUGAGAUUUGUGGCCAUGAAGUUGCAUACUAAGGACCAAGCUAAGGAAGGUGAAAAGGAAGUUAAAGAGCCUCAGGAGCGACCCGUGGCUAAGUGGGAACCUACUAUUGAAGGGUAUCUGAAGUUCCUUGUGGAUAGCAAAUUGGUUUAUGAUACUCUUGAGGAGAUCAUUGAGAAGGCAUCUGUUCCUUCUUAUGCUGAAUUCAGAAAUACAGGAUUGGAAAGGUCUGAAAGUUUGGCUAAAGAUUUAGAGUGGUUCAAGGAACAAGGCUAUACCAUACCAGAACCGUCUGGUCCCGGUAUUGCUUAUUCUGAGUACCUCAAGGAAUUAUCAGAGACAGAUCCACAAGCUUUUGUGUGCCACUUCUACAAUACAUACUUUGCUCAUACCGCAGGUGGUAGAAUGAUAGGGAGAAAGGUGGCUGAAAAGUUAUUAAACAACAAGGAGUUGGAAUUUUACAAAUGGGAUGGUGACCUUUCCCAAUUAUUGCAGAAUGUGAGGGAAAAGCUUAACAAAGUAGCUGAGAGCUGGACGAGAGAAGAGAAGAACCAUUGUUUGGAAGAGACUGAGAAGUCCUUUAAGCACUCGGGAGAUAUUCUUCGUCUAAUAUUGUCAUGAUUUGUAAUUUAAUGCUGCUGUUGUUGACUGUUGUAAUGGCGCAAGCCUAAUGUUUAUUAGAACAUACCACUGCCAUGCCAGUGGAGACUUGUAUUAUACUCUUGUGCAUAUUAUAAUGGCGUCAGUAAGGCAACAUAUACAUAAAUAAAUAUAGAACUUAUUUUUCUUUCUUUCCACCAAA